AUGGAUGGUAGUAGUAUGGGUAAUCCUGGUUAUUGUGGCAUUGGCGGGGUUAUUCGGGAUGCUUCCAGUGGGAUGGUCCAGGCUUAUGCUUCUCAUAUUGGCUUUGGUUCUAAUAAUAAAGCGGAGCUUAUGGCUCUCCUUCAUGGGUUGAGAAGUUGCAAAUCGUUGAAUAUCUCAAAUGUGAUAGUUGAAAUGGAUUCUAUGCAUGUCUUUCGUGAAGGUAAUAGGGUGGCGGAUUGGUUAUCUAAGGUAGGGGCUUCAGGUUCUGAUUGA